ACAGAAAGGGCACCUUUGCCAUUCACUGUCACCAGGACCACAGAUGGCGCAGCAGGCAAUUCAGCUGGAGCGAGAAAAACUGACUUGUUCAAUCUGUCUGGAGCUUUUGAGGGAUCCAGCUACUAUUCCCUGUGGACACAGCUACUGCAUGAGCUGUAUUAAAGGAUACUGGGACGAGAAAAAUAAGGAAACCCACGCAUGUCCUCAGUGUAGGCAGGAUUUCACACCGAGGCCUGUGUUGGUGAAGAACACCAUGUUAGCGGAGAUAGUGGAGGACCUAAAGAAAGUGGGGCUUCCUUCUGCCCCACCUGCUCAUUUCUACGCUGGACCUGAAGAUGUGGCCUGUGAUUUCUGCACGGAGAGGAAGCUGAAAGCUUUCAAGUCCUGCUUGGUAUGUUUGGCGUCUUACUGUGAGCAGCACCUGCAGCCUCAUUAUGACGUAGCUCCGUUAAAGAAACACAAACUCGUUGAAGCCACCUUAAAGCUUCAGGAGAACCUCUGCCCUCAUCAUGACGAGGUGAUGAAGAUCUAUUGCCGCACUGAUCAAAAGUGCAUCUGUUACCUCUGCUCCAUGGAUCAGCACAAGGGUCACGACACUGUCUCGACUGCGGCAGAGUGGACAAAGAGGCAAACUGAUCUCACACGGGAUCGGGAAGAUAUUCAACGGAGAAUCCAGGACAGAGAGAAACACGUGCAGAUGCGUCAGAGUGAAAUGGAAGCCAUCAGUCUUCAUGCUGAUUUGACUGUGACGGACAGUGAGGAAGUUUUCAAAGACUUGAUCAGUCUCAUUGAGAAAAAAAGCUCUGAGGUGACACAGAAGAUGAGGAACCAGCAGAAAACGGACUUGGGUCAGUUGAAAAAGCUUCAGGAGAAGACACGGCUGGAGAUCGAGGAGCUGAGAAGGAAAGACUCAGAACUAGGACAGCUCUCUUUGAUAGAAGAUCACCUUCAUUUCAUAAACAGUUACCCGUCACUGUCACUUCAGAGUGAUUCCACAACAUUACCAACAACAAACUUUCAAUCUCAGAACAUUGAAAAACUGAUGCUGGCUGUGCUGACCAUGAAAGACGAACUGGAGGCGACUCUGAGUGAAGAGCUGAUGAAGAACUCACAGAGAAUCUCUCAAGUGACUGUUCAAGAACCCAAAACCAGAUACGGAUUUUUGAAAUAUGCUUGGCAAAUCACGUUGGAUCCAGACACUGCAAACUCAUUCCUGAAACUUUCUGCAAACAACAGAAAGGCAACAUUAAUGCAGGAAGAACAGUGUGACUAUUCACCCCCUGAAAUGUUCCUGAAAUGGUGGCAGGUGCUGGGAUCAGACGCCCUGACCGGCCGUUGUUACUGGGAGGUGAACUGGAGCGGUCAAGUCUUCAUCGCAGUGGCGUACAAAGACAUAGGCAGAGCAGGCAGCAAGUCUGAAUGUGUGUUUGGACAUUAUAAAAAUUCCUGGGCUUUGCGAUGUGUCAACAGUGGUUAUUCGUACCACCACAACAACGCCAGAACUCCGCUGUCUGGUCCUCAUUCCAGCAGAGUGGGCGUGUAUCUGGAUUACAGUGCAGGGACUCUGUCUUUCUACAGCAUCACUGAAAGCAUGACUCUGCUCCACAGAGUCCAGACCCAGUUCACUCAGCCCCUCUAUCCAGGGUUUUGGUUUCUUAAUCAUGGAGAUUCUGCUGAGCUCAAGUUUUCAAUGUGACUUUAAUGAGGAAGAUAAGUUGAAAAUGCCUUAUUACAAACAGAUAAUAACUUAUAUUCAUUCCUUAUCAACGAUAUAUUAGCAUAGUGGGGUUUAUUGUGUAGAAUGCAAUGCUAUCAAAGCACUGAAGAUGUUGAAGGGGAUGUACAUAUCUAACUGAUUAAUAUAAACUAUAUAUUAAUAUUAUGUUAAUUCUGUGAGGAGUAAUGUUCUGAAGACUUUCCCUCUGAGACUGAUUACAUGUUACGUUUGUAUUCUAUGUUAACCUGAGCAUAUGCUUUAUGAAAUGGUAAUCAUUAACUGUGCAUGAAAAAACACUGAUUAGGCAAAAAUGUAUAAUGAGUAAGUUAUCUGUUAAUGUUUGAAACUGAGGUUAGGGUUUCUUCUGAAUAUGUGCAAAAUAUGCUUUUUGAUUAUUUAUGACACCAAUGCUGAACAAAAUGAAGGAAGAAGCCUCUAUGUUGCUGCAAAGUUUUCCUGAUUAUAAUAUUAUUCAUAUAAUGUGAAAUCAUAUUAAUGCAGGUGACUGUAGUCAAUGUUUUAUCGAGGCAAUAUUUCACUAUCGUACUCUAUUAAAUGUGCAUAGUUUGUAAAGACAGGUGUGUCUCGUGUGUGUCACAUUUUUCAUUGAUAUAAAUUACAUGAAUAACUUCUUCAGAACUUUUUCAAAGUAAUAAGAGUGAUGAUUCAAUAACCAUUAAUGUGCAAAGAAAACUUUUUAGGUUUUAAAUAUUUUACAUUUAGAAGCAGGAUUUUGUUCUUCAUAUUCAAGAGUUUUGUGCAUUAUUAUCUGAGACUACUGAAAGAAUUAAAACAUUCUCAUUUAGUAGCAGCAAUGAUGAUUGUUCAUGUUUGAGCAUCUGAUUCUGAAUAUAAUUAUCAUUAUAAUUCUGAAUAUUGUUACAAUUAAAGUCAUGUUACUUUAAUUGUCAAUCCAUUCACAAAUAACUUCUCAAUCUGCAAACAUCAUGAGCCUGGAACAGAGCAGAACUCUAUCGUGAGUCAACGCAUCGCUUAAACAGAAAAAUCAGGAAUAUGAAACUUUUUUUCCACCUGCUACAAAUGAAGACACUGUCAGACGGUGUUACUUUCAGAUUUAUUACACAACUUUUGAACAUUCCACAACAAUCAUGCAGGAAUAAAAUGGGAAUUAUACAAAGCUUUGAAGGCUUGGUCAGUCACACUGCAGGAACCGCUGAGCUUC